UACGACUCAUGUGCUCGCUCCACGUGACCAAGCGCGCUCACCGCAGUCGUUUCCCUGAAUUUAGCUUUCACGUUCUAAACUCGACGCGGGACCCCCCACCGCAAGAUUAUCCGACUAAAACUUCACAUUUUUUUGUGUCAUCCGUGUCGGGAACAAAAUCUCGUCGCGGCGGUGAAUGUUUGAAGCUUCUCGCGCGAGUUUCGCUUCGCGUAGCCGGCUAGCCGCUAACAAACAGACGCGCGUGUCACCUGGCGAUGAUCCUUUGAAAAUGGCUGAUCAAAGUUGGAAAGAAGAAGAGUACGAGGAGGAACUUUGCGGGACGAAAGUGGAGACAAAUCCACAAAGUCAAGCGCUGCUGGACGCUGUUUGCGAGCUACGAGCUCGACGUGAUGUUGCCUUCCACGGCGCAGAAGGUCUUGGCCGUGACCAGCAGGGGCGAAGCGCCGGGGUGGAGCAGCAGAAGAGCGAGCCUCCUCACGUGAAAGAGGAAGAGGCCGACGUCACUCAGUUCCCGGUGACGGCGGCCGUCGUCAAGAGCGAAGACGCGGCGGCCGUUUCUUCAUCCCAAAACGUCGGUGAAGGUCUUCAUCCUGAGCAUCGGGAUCCGGAGGCUGCAGGCUUCAAAGAAGAGGCCCAAGAGGAUGAUAUCGCAAAGUUUCCAUCGACUGGUGUCGAAGGAUCCCAAUCCAACGGCCUCCUCGCUCCGCUGUCAGAUAGUGACGACGUAACGUCCCACUCUCCUGAAGACGACGAUGAUGACAAACACGCUGACGGUCUUUCGACACGUCACACUUGCAACAAACUUGUAAAAUGUUCUCAAUGUGACAAAAGUUUUUACAAGUCGUCGCUGAAAAGACACAAAAGAACCCACACUGGAGAAAAACCUUUUGCUUGCUCAGUUUGCGGGAAAAGAUUCUCUAUAAAAACAAAUUUAACAAGGCACACAAAAACCCACACUGGAGAAAAACCCUUUUCCUGCUCAGUUUGUGGCAAACGAUUCUCUUUGAAAACUAAUUUGACAACGCACACAAGGACACACACUGGGGAGAAACCUUUUGCUUGCUUGAUUUGCGGUAAAAGAUUCUCCAUAAAGACAAAUUUAACAAUGCACCUGAGAACUCAUGCUGGAGAGAAGCCAUUUGCAUGUUCAUUGUGCACUAAAAGAUUCACUCAAAAGGAGCAUUUAAUAGUGCACACUAGAACACACACUGGGGAGAAACCAUUCGUCUGCUCAAUUUGCAGCCUAAGUUUCAGUGAAGGUUCAACAUUAGUUCAACACAUGCGGACGCACACUGGGGAGAAACCCUAUUCCUGCUCAGUCUGCGGUAAAAGAUUCUCUACUAAAACCAAUUUAACAACGCACACGAGGAUACACAGUGGUCAGGAUUAUUUUUCCUGCAAGGUUUGUGGUAAACGAUUCAUCCAGGAGGGAAAUUUCAUUGCACAUACAAAGUCACACACUGGGGAGGGACACAGUUCCUGCCUAGUUUGUGGUAAAAGAUUCUCUAAAAGUACAAGUUUGACGAGACACGCAAGAACACACACCGGUGAGAAACCUUUUGAGUGUUCCGCGUGUGGCAAAACAUUCUCUAGAAAAGCGCAUUUAAGAACACACACGAGAACACACACUGGGGAGAAACCCUUUCCCUGCUCAUUUUGCGGGAAAAGAUUCUCCCUAAAGACAAAUUUAACCAUUCACACAAGGAGGCACACUGGUGAGAAACCUUUCAGUUGUAGUGGGUGUGAUAAAAGAUUCGCUCAUAAGUGUCAGGUCACGAAACACAAGUGCGCUGGCGGCCGGGGCAACAAUCAAAGAAUAAAUUGAAGAAGCUGACGCUAUGCUCACAAAUAAUUGCCACAUUAUGUACGAUAUCGAUUUCACUAAAACUCUCAAUUUCACAAAGUGACGUCUGUUUGCAAUCUUUGCCUCAAUUUCGACUCCUUAAUCGCUAUUUUGAAAUGUUAUGCACUGUAGUGGUCUGGACUUGAGUCAUCAGUCAGAUAAAAUAUGAGAACAUGUUUUAUACGUGUACGCAUGCAAGCAUUAAGAUAACGGACUUUUGUUAUACAAGAAAUGUUUUGGAUGAUUAUUAUGGCGAUUAAAUAUACAACCAUGAGCUUUCUUUUUAUUACUGUACGUGUCAGUAGCCGUAAACCUCAAGUGGAAGGGCCAAA